UAAAAACAUUUAGAAUUUAAUUUUGAAAUGCAUCGUUCCAAAUAAUCUGUGCAUCAUUGAUCAUUCCCAUUCCCUUCCUUAUUCGCUCAUUGGCAGAUGAAAUAACAUGGGUGAUGCGGGAUCUGGUCUGUGAGGUUGUUGAUUGGUCGUCCAGCAUGUUGGAUCAGAUCCAUGUGAGAUCAAGGAACACAUGGGCGCAUCUAUCUCGAACUACAUUUCCCACGGUACACUCUAUCCGGUUCUAUCAAAAUGAUACUUUCCUAUCUACUCGAUACCGACGUAAGGCUGUCAACGUGAGGACGAAGUAAUUUAUCAUCAACUAAACUGAUCUUAACGACACUAUUGUACCGAAUUUGUUGAUGAGGUUGAUCGCUAAGUGAAUUCUACGACUGCACAUUCUACGACUGAUUUUUUAAACGCAGUCUUAAAAGGUACGUCGGUACCAGUUGACAAUCUGAGCUCAUAAGGGAUAUACAAAAUUCGUCACGAUGUGCGCGAAAAUGGCUUUCCAGCAUCAAGCUGGCACCGCUAUGGAAUGCCUGAGCAUACCAAUCGUGCUGGUCAAAGAAACGGAUGUAAAUGAAAACGGGGAGGAAGUGAUGAAGUGUGGUUUCAAAAUUGGUGGCGGCAUAGACCAAGAUUUUAGAAAAAGUCCACAGGGUUAUACAGAUAAUGGUAUAUAUGUGACAGAAGUGCACGAGGGAUCGCCUGCGGCAAAAAGUGGGCUUCGUAUGCAUGACAAAAUUUUACAGUGUAACGGGUAUGACUUCACGAUGGUGACACAUAAGAAGGCAGUGUCUUAUAUCAGAAAACAUCCAGUAUUAAACUUAUUAGUAGCCCGUAAGGGAGUGACGAGUACUUAAAUACCAAACGAGAGAUAUAUUUGGUCUAAGGAGAAUAUUUAUUUCGCUGUAUACAUUUUAACAAAGUCAAUUUAUUGGAGCUACACGUCUGCCAAAUAUCAAGUUAGAUAGUUAAUAAGUAGCAAGGUAAUUUCACACGAUGAUUUAACACUUUAUACUUUUUCUACUUCGUAAACAUUAUUAUUUAUAGCUGUCCACAGCCAUUAAGGAUAUUUUGCAGGCAUAUUCGUUUUCCCAGUUGUAAUAGAAGUAGAGAAUUAGAAACGAUAGGCAUAUGUAUAAAAGAACUUGUUAUGGUUUGUUAUUGUUGUUAGGAAAAGAAGUGAUUGCACGGAAACGUGACGGUAUAACGUUUUCUUCAAAAUUCAGUGAAACAAUAUUUCUUGUGCCAAACGAUAACGACUCGACGUGCGCUUUACAUGAAUAUUUUUUACCAUCGUGUAUAUAUUUAUAAAUGAAGGAAAGUUCAUUUGACCAGUAAGAAAGUCGAGAGUAUUCCUCUAUUGAUUUUUAAACGGAAGAAUGUAAUUGUACGGAUGAAAGUCAGAAUAUUUUAAUUCUUUAAGUAUUUCUAUAUUGUAAAGUAUAACAAAAUGCCAAAGCAUAAUGAAAUUACACCGUUUUACACGUGCAGACGAUUUGCAAAAUUUCCUAUCAUUGACUCGUCAGUAUUCCGCUGUAAGAUUCAUACACAAAUAUUUCUGAGCAUUUGAACGAUCUAUAGUGGCUGAUACAAUCAUACGAUAAGCACCCCCUCGAUGCGUUUAACACUAGAACAAUCUACGUCGAACAAUUCGGCGAGUGUUUUAAGAAUUAUUAAUUUAUUGAACAUGCGAGUACUCGAUUGCUCUAGCGUUAAAGCUCUACACAAAUACACUCUGAUCUACGCGGAUAAGUAUAUUAGGGUACACGCGAAUAUUGCAUUUAUACGCAUUUACAGAAUAAUUUGUAUUGAUCAAAGAGACCGUCAUCGAGACUGUCUACGUUGAGACCAACAGAAGUAUUGAAUUUUCUAUUUUAUACAACCUUCUCUUUAAGCGAUAGGCGAACAAAUGUUUCGUGAAAUUUCCGGAAAGUUUUUAUACGUCAAAGGGAGACGACAGUUUUGUACUAUAAAUUGGCUACUAAUGUAAAAUAAGCGAGACAAAAAGGAAAAAGUUCCUCUAACGAUACACCUACGAAUUUUCUUUUAUAUCCCGAGGUUCAAAUGAGAUCGUCGAAUUACAUGAUUUUGUAACUAGUCUGCCAUACGAAAAUGAUUAAAAAAUGAAUUUGUAAAACAUAAAUCGUGUCUGCGAUUCCACUGCACGACGUUUCGUUCUAAUGAUUUUAAUUCAAUGAAUGCGAACCAUAGAUGUACGAGAAUAGACCGAGCGCCCAAAUGGGAAACUUGAAGCCUGGUGAUCGAGAGGAAUCGAAGGGAAAAUUAAAAUGAACAUAGAAAGAAAAGAAUUGAAAUUACAUUGAACUUAAAUUAUAAUUGAGUUUGAUAUUUCGAAUGAAAUGAGUAAACCAGGCAUUGGUAUUAUAACAUCGUUUUAUUAGAUUUAAAUUGAGAUUGGUUAUAAAUUAUGGUGAUGAGUUUCGAAUACUAGGACUAGGACAAAUGAUUCUCGCUGCUUUGCUUUGUAUACUCAAUUUCAUAUUGCGUAUAAUUAUUGGAGGAUACAUAAUCAUUAUCGUCUGCAAUUCCUUUCUCUGACCGCUGCUCUACAUGACAAUCACGCGUGUUUCCUCUCUAGUUCUCUAUUUCUUUUUCCUGCAUUCCCUGACACAAUCUAAAUCACGUUUGCCGAAUGCAUCGAAUUCUAGCGUCUGUUUGUAGAAGGAAUGCAGCGCGAAAGAUGCGUUAGCGUUCAUCAUUAUUUGCACAAAAAUCGAGAAACGUAACAAGCAACAUUCUUAGAACGUUUCCUGUAGGAGAGUUAUUACCGUUCAAUGAUCAUACCACAAAAGGUCGUUACAGUAAUCAAAUGGUCUGCUAUUGAUCAAGUCGACAAAAUUCACUGCAUUUCUUGUGCUUCUGAAUCGUUUCCCGCAUCAGUCCCGUGAACGGUGCUCCGACGGUACCUAGUAACCGUGAAUGAAAUUACGCAGUCAAAAGGAAAAAUCGAAGGUUUAAUCAUCCCGAAAGUUGCCAGCAACUCUUUGAUACCAAAGAGUUCCGUCCACGGUCUGUGAAAGUCCUAGAAAAUGCGAACACCUCUGAAAGGUUGGCCAAAAGUUUCUGGCAAACGUAUGAAACUCCGAUCGAAAGAAAUUGGCGAGGAACGAGAUGCUCCCGCUAAUAGCAAACAUCUGCGAGACAGCGAUUAAGCAACGCAAUUUUAUGUAAUUUGCUCGCACUCGGUCGUUUCAAACAAUAAACAGAUAGGUGAUUGA